AUGUCCAAGCCAGCCCAUUACAAAUCCAUCAACCCGGCAACCGGUGAACUGUUCCAAUCGUAUAAGGAUACUACCGACCAGGAGGUGUCCAAUGCACUGGAUAGAGCACAAGAAUGCUUCACCGACGAUUGGCGACGGCGUACUAUCGCUGAAAGGUCGGAGGUUCUUCACCGUGUUGCGCGGCUCAUGAGUGACCGAUCAGAGCACAUGGCCACACUCAUCACCAAGGAGAUGGGUAAAUUAUACACCCAAGCCUUAGCCGAGGUCUCACUCUCGGUCGAUAUCUUGACAUAUUAUGCAACGAACGCCGAGGAGUUCUUGAAAGGUACCACGAUUCACGAGCACGGAGCUAGUUCUGAAGUCAUUUGCGAACCGUUCGGCAUCAUUCUCGCCAUCGAGCCAUGGAACUUCCCAUAUUAUCAAUUGGCACGUGUUGCGGGGCCCCAAUUGAUGGCUGGAAACGUGGUGUUGCUGAAACAUGCGGCACGCGUGCCGCAAUGCGCGCUCGCAUUUUCUCAGCUCUUCGAGGAUGCCGGUGCGCCUGAGGGCGCGUGGACGAAUCUCUUUUGCACCAGAUCACAGAUUGAAACGAUCAUCGACGACUUCCGCGUGCGUGGUGUAACACUUACCGGCAGCGAGCGCGCGGGUUCGAUCGUCGCCGAAUGUGCUGGACGAAACCUGAAAAAGGUCAUCCUUGAGUUAGGCGGGUCGGACCCGUUUAUCGUGCUCGAGGAUGCGGAUUUAGAUUUCGCAAUCGCGGAGGCCUGCGCUGGACGUAUCUGGUGUCUUGGCCAAGUCUGCUCCGCGCCCAAGCGCUUUAUCGUGGUUGGCAAGGAGCGUACAGAGCGCUUUAUCGAAGGCAUGAGACAUCGGUUCAGCUCUCGGGUGGCCGGUGACCCUAUGGAUCCUCACACUGCUGUCUCUCCGCUGUCCUCGGAAAGUGCUAUGAAGGUGCUUUUGGAUGAGAUAGAUAAAGCCAAAAGCCAUGGAGCCACGGUACUCUUUGGGGGUAAUCGUAUUGACCGGCCGGGCUUCUAUAUCGAGUCUACGAUGAUCACAGACGUCACUCCGGAGAACCCCAUUUUUUAUGAGGAAUUAUUCGGUCCAGUCUCCAUGGUGUUCUCGGUAGAUACAGAUGAUGCUGCCAUCGAACUGGCCAACGCAACUAAGUUCGGCCUUGGUUCGUCUGUUAUUAGCGAGAAUCACGAACAUGCUCGCGCCGUGGCAAAUAAGAUUGAGGCGGGCAUGGUUUUCAUCAAUUCAUUCUUUGUGACAGUUCCCGAGUUACCAUUUGGAGGUGUCAAGAACUCCGGCUUUGGCAGGGAGUUGUCUGAAUUGGGAAUUGGAGAAUUCAUCAACAAAAAGCUCAUUCGAGUGGCGCCUGAAUCCAAGAAACUUGUGAAAUAUGAUGACUAA